AUGGACAACUUUGAUUAUCUGACACGUGAUUGGUCCAUUCUCGGCCCACACCAUCUCGAUGAAUUUGUCCGCCAGUGGUCUGAAUACGACCCAGAUGCCAGCGGGAGAAUAAAACAUCUGGACGUGGUUCAGCUGCUUAGAAAGAUAUCUCCACCUCUGGGAUUUGGCAAGUUGUGUCCACACAGAAUUGCUUGCAAGAGGUUGGUAUCGAUGAACAUGCCUCUGAACAGUCAGGACCACACGGUCAUGUUCAACGCUACUUUGUUCGCCCUCGUCAGAACUUCUCUCAAAAUCAAAACCGAAGGCAACAUUGAUCAGGCCAAUGAAGAGUUGCGAGAAGUUAUAAAGAAGAUUUGGAAGAGAACCUCGCCGAAGCUGCUUGAUCAAGUUGUUCCACCCGCAGGUGACGAUGAGAUCACAGUCGGCAAGUUCUACGCCACCUUCCUCAUUCAGGAUUACUUCCGGCGCUUCAAAAAACGGAAGGAGAUGAUGGCGAAGAGGAAGCAGCUUGGUCAUUCGCACACCAACGUUCUCCAGGCUGGCCUGAGAGCGGUGCAUGAUCUGGGUCCUGAAAUAAGGAGAGCAAUAUCAGGCAACCUGGAGGAAGAAGAUGUCUUGGACAAGGAAGCUGAAGAACCAAUGCACAGAAGAAACCACGCAUUGUUUGGCACAAUAUCUCUCAAUCGCAACCUCCAACCAGCAGCCAAUAAGAAUCCAUUUAGUCUGCCAAAUGGUCCAAAAUUGUUGCCUAGCCGCCUGGAAUAUUCAACUGACAAGUACAACGCAAACACAAACAACAACAACAACAACGAUAACAGCGAAAGUGACAACAGUCCAACCGUGAAUGAGAAUCCAAUCGUGCCCGUAUCAGCGCGAACAACAUCCUCGCCUCCGCAACGAGGAAGCAAUCCAAACAUCAGCAGGAACGCUGAUCUGUACAACCAGCAACGCAACCAGCACAUGUUCCAACAGCAGCAGCAACCACGCAACAUCGAUAGAGUGAGUCAACCGCUGAGAAUCGAACCCGGUGCAAGCAUGCAACGUGGGCCUGGCAUAUUCGCCAGUGAGGAGGACGAUCAGGAAAUGUUGCUCGCCACCCAACAGUGGAAACAACUGCCGCCUAACCGCUUUAAAAAAUCUUCUCCACGUCUUUCCGGUCUGCUCGGAUGUCUACACAAGCAGGACAGUGCCGAGAGUCCACUGGUUAGCAGGCCUGGCGCAUCACCGCGAGAUCUCAAUCAGGCUCAAAACAUGUCGAAAGAAGUGAUGAAACGACCGAUAGACUAUCAGAUCCCAACACAGCCUGUCCUGCCCACAUCCACGUACAAGACCCCCAGCCGGCCAUUAAUGUUGUCGCCUGAUCUUUUGAGAAAGCGAAACAAACAAAUGAUGCCAGAACAUUUUCGAUCUCAGCAACACUUACAACAACAACAACCACGGCAGCAACAACAGCAACAACUACAGCCUCAUUACAACGUCAACAACUACCUUCCUGUGUCAAACGACAUCUAUCAGCAAAGAGGAAGAGAUAAGUUCAAAGGAAGUGCAGAGAGUCUUGUCGGCAUGGUCAUCCAUUCGGAAGGUCUGCAAAACUUCGUGGACGCCCGCUACCUGCAGAACGAAAUAUCGGAAGCCAUCGGACUGACCGAAGAGGAGAUGGACAGCGCCGCACACCAAUUGCUCACUUCGAAAUCUACAAUCUCCACUUUUAAUCCAAGAGUCACGUGA